UGCUCUCUUCCCGGUUUUUUCUUCCCAUUUUUCCUACUUCACUCCUCUCUUUUCACCCUUCACCAUCUUCCAAUUCUCAUACAUUUCCUCACUCCCAAUUUUUUCUUCCUCCUUCUGACCCAAAAAAGAAAAAGAAAAUCAAAUGGGGGGCAAGCUUCAGUUUUUACCUCCAGCCAAAAGAUUCAUGCUAAUGCAACAACAAGAACAACACAUAGAUAAUGCCUCUGUUUCAUUUUCACAACUUCCUGCUAAAAAACGAAAAUUCUCUCCUGAAAAAACAACCUCCUUUUCCGAUAGCACCAAUGUUACUACUCUCUGCUUGCCAGCCAAAAAACGUGUUUGGGCUUUUCACCCAUUUGACCUCAAUGUUGAGUACAACCCAAUUUCUUCUUUUGAUGAUGAGGCCAAAGAAGAAAAAUUACCUAAAGAAACAUUAAUCAGUCAAGCUGACAUCACUCUUCAACAAGAUGACAACGGCGAUGAUGAUAACGAAGACGGAAUUAUCUGUGCUAUUUGUGAGAGCACAGAUGGAGACCCAACAGAUCCAAUAGUUUUAUGUGACGGCUGUGAUUUAAUGGUCCAUACAACUUGCUAUGGCCAUCCUUUUACCAAGGGAAUACCAGAAGGUGAUUGGUUUUGUGCACAAUGUUUGGCCUCAAAAACAGAGAGCCCAAAGCCCAUUACUUGUUAUCUCUGCCCCGAAACAAGUGGAGCCCUAAAACCCACUGUGAAUGAGGGUAAAUGGGCUCAUGUUGUUUGUGCACUUUUUGUUCCUGAAGUUUUCUUUGUCGAUCCAGAAGGUCGUGAAGGAAUUGAUUUCAGUAAAGUGCCAAAAAGAAGAUGGGAGCAAAAGUGUUAUAUUUGUAAAUCCAGAAAUGGUUGUGCUAUUGAUUGUUCUGAGCCGAAAUGUCCUUUGUCUUUUCAUGUGACUUGUGGGUUGAAAAAUGAACUCUGUAUCGAGUACACAGAAGGAAAGAACAAGGGUGCUGUUGUUGCUGGUUUUUGCAGAAGCCACACUGAACUAUGGAAAAAGCAACAACAAACUGGGAAGUUCAAGAUUGUGCCAAGAGAUGAAGUUGACCGAUAAGAUUAUACAUGUAUGAUGAUUAAGCAGAAUUGCAGAUACAGACGAUUGAGAAUCCUACUUUUUAGAAGUGUAUUAGUGGUAGACUAGUAGAGUAGUUGAUAGACAGUAGUAUUCUGUGAUUGUUUAAAUUUGUAAGCAUUUUCUUUUAUAGUUCAUUAAUUGAAGUCUUCCAUUUUGUUUCCAACUUCAUUGUUAAGUAGUACUUAUUAAAUGGCUAAUUCAUACCCGAGAAAAUCUGAAAAGAGACU